AAAAAUACGAAUUAAAGUAUACAGUCAAAUAAGCUAGUUCAGUUUCUCUCUAUAAUAAUGUAGUGAGGAACUGUGGAGAAACUCUACGUUCAUUCUGUGCUUUGGUAGGCGCCGGGCGUUUGUUGGGCAUGAUGACCGCGAGACUGGCGUCACGCCUAGGCACGUACUGGAAGAGCCUGCUGCAAGACUACGGCGCUGCUGUGAAGGACAUUGUGAAGGAUUCAAGGAGCCGGCCAGGUAGUGGGGCACUGUGCGUACUGGUGGCCACCAAGCCAGACCCAGAUUCAUUCCUUGAUGCACUGGGCUCCAGUGCAAAUGACCUGCUGCUGCUGAGUGACAGAACGCGCAACCCAGAAUCUGAGGCACAUGUGCGGCACCUGGAGGCAUGUUGCUGCCAUGGUGCUUUGCGUUCCUGGGACUUGCUGCUGGCAACAGUUGUGUGGGAAAGUGAUCAUGGUGAGGGAUGCGACUUGUAUGCAGCACGCUGCACGUACCUGCAACCACGGCCAUUGUUUGAACGGCAUCGACUGGUUGAUGUUGGCCUCCUUGGAACAUGGCUCAAUCUGAGGCGCAAGAUGCAAGACUGUGAAAUCAACCACUCACAGUGGCAAUGAGACUGGUGCCAAGAGCAAAGCAGACUGUCAUGCAGAUGUGCAUCCACACACUGUCAGAUAACCAUAUUAGGACAAAACAGUUGUGGGAAUAAAACCUGAGGCUUAAUUGAGUGCACUGAUUAUGAAUAAAUCAAUGGUUAACAAAUGAGA